AUGAUAACAGUGAUUAUUAUAGUCCUAACUUUAAUUGCGAUCUAUUUGUACAAUACAAGAAAUUUUAAUUACUGGAAAAAACGUGGAAUAAAGUAUCAGAAACCUGUUCCAUUUUUUGGGACUAAUACAGAAAAUUUCUUAUUGCGGAAGAGUUAUACAGAGACGUUAACAAACUGGUACAAAUGUUAUCCUAAUGAAAAAGUCGUUGGUUUUUUCCGUGCGUCUAUACCUGGUUUACUUAUUAGAGAUCCCGAACUGAUAAAAAGAGUACUUAUAACGGAUUUCGCACAUUUUUACGAGCGUGGACUUCAUCCAGACAAAGAUGGUAUUGAACCACUAUUGCAAAAUUUGUUUUUCGCCGAAGGUGAUUUAUGGCGACUACUGAGGCAGCGCAUGACGCCAGCUUUCACCAGUGGUAAACUAAAAGCCAUGUUCCCAUUGAUAGUUGAAAGAGCUAAACACUUACAAGCCAGAGCAUUAGCGGCAUCUUGGGAAGGAAGUGCCAUAGACGCCAGAGAUCUGAUGGCGCGAUAUACAACAGACUUUAUAGGAGCUUGUGGCUUUGGCCUUAACGCUGGAUCUUUGAAUGAAGAAAAUUCGGCAUUCCGUAAGCUGGGUCAAGAAAUCUUUGAAUUUAACUUCAAAAUGGCAUUAACGACUAUUCUGAAAGACUUGGUACCGACUUUAACCAGAAGUUUGAAGUACAUGGAUAGGGUCGAAAAUCAAGUCUUUUCAUUGGUAAAACAAAUUUUAGAAGAAAGGAACUAUAAAAUUUCUAACAGAAAUGACUUUAUUGAUUUAAUGAUAGACUGCAAAAAUAAGGGAUCUAUUGAAGUUGAAUCCCUUCAAAAAGUAAAACCUGAUGGAAAACCUGAACUAGCACGGCUAGAACUAACGGAUAAAUUAAUAGCAGCACAGGUGUUUGUCUUCUUUGCCGCUGGAUUCGAAACAUCUUCAUCGGCAACAAGUUACACUCUUCAUCAACUUGCACACAACCCUGAAGUCCAGAAAAAAGUGCAAAAGGAAAUUGAUGACGUAUUGAGUAAAUAUGACAAUAAACUUAGUUACGAAGCUAUUAAAAACAUGAGUUAUUUAGAAUGGACAUUCAAAGAAGGUAUGCGACUAUUUCCUUCCUUGGGAUACUUGGCCAGAAAAUGUACAAAGAAAUAUACCUUUACUGAUUUGAAUUUCACGAUUGACGAGGGUGUUUUUAUCAUAAUACCAGUGCAAGGUAUUAAUACUGAUCCACAAUACUUCGACGAGCCCCUCAAAUUCCGUCCAGAAAGAUUUAGUCCUAGGAACAUAAGUGAAACCAAUAAAUAUGUUUAUUUGCCAUUUGGUGAUGGCCCUCGUGCAUGCAUAGGUGCGCGGCUGGGCCUCAUGCAGUCCUUAGCAGGGUUGGCGGCUAUUCUCUCCAAAUUUACCGUGGAGCCUGCCCCUGAAACGAAGAAACAUCUUACUGUGGAACCAAAAUUUGAUAUUGUCCAAAACAUAGAAGGUGGACUGCCUUUGCGCUUUAUCGAAAGAUAG